AUGAAGCUUGGAUCAACCUCCCUAAUUACGAACAAGUUCUUCGUUCGAGGAGUUGUCUAUUACCCGAAAGACAAUCGGCACAACCCCAUCUUCAAUGAUCCUAUAGCAGACGACUGUAUAUCCAUGCUAGAACAGAAUGUUGUACUGUUCAAGGAACUUGGAAUCAACACCUUGUAUAUAUACUCUGUCGACAACACGAAGCAGCACGACAAAGCCAUGAAGUUGCUCCAAGAAGCGGGAAUUUAUGUUGUGGUGGGCGUCUCGACUCCAUCUUGCUGCAUCAACCGAUCCGAUCCUUACGAGUCAUACAACACUGCUAACGUCUCUUAUUUUCUCAAAACGGCGGGUGUCAUGGCUGGUUAUGCAAACACCCUGGGCAUUGUCGCAACCUAUCACAUGGCUGGUUUUCGUGAUUCGCUUCACGCAUUCCCUGUAUUAAAAGCUGUCAUUCGGGAUCUCAAGAGAUUCCUACUUGCCAGCCACAAGAGCAAGGGAACACGAGUACUUCCUGUAGGCUAUUCGCAACCAACUGCUGUACACAUCAAGCGUUCAGAGUUCCUGGAGUAUCUGUACCUCGGCGACCAAGAAAGCGCGAUCGACUUCCUAGCGGCAAGUUACCGUUUGAAACGUCUACCGAACUAUGGAUGGGCGGGGAUAAAAUCGAACAUGCAAAUGUCUGGCUGGAACGCUCUCAUCGAUCGAUAUGAGAAUUUCGCCAUUCCUGCGUUCCUUUCGGAGUAUGGUGUGAACACAUACCAACCUCGGCAAUUUUUAGAAACCUCAGCACUCUACUCUGACCCCAUGACCAGAGUGUUUUCUGGCGGCUGUGUAUACGAUUUUACGGACACGCCUAACAACUUCGGCCUAGUAGCAAUGCCGGGUGCAGAUAAAGAAAGGUGGUUCCAGAACUUCAGAGGCAACGAGAAAAAGGUUAACGAGGUACGACAAACCGACCAGGGCAAUCUCUACAUUUAUCACGACUUCGUCAAUUACAAAAAAGCCCUUGCUGAACCCACUGGUUACGACCCGAGUUGGGACAUUAUGGAGAGCCAGGCAGUGGAAAGACAUAACAUUGACACGACCCAAAUGACCUGGCCAUGGGACCCCCGGUAUCAAAUGCCUGCUACAUGCAUAGAUUGGGAUAGUAUCGAGGAGGUUGUGAGGCGUUAG